AUGAAUAGGAACGAUUCAUUGGUCCAGCGGUGUUACUUUCUGACUUUCAUCACUGAAGACAUUGACCAAGUCAAACACAUCUAUAUCAUGGCAGGAUCUCUCGACGCCAUACUUAUUCUACCAACAAUAGUCUUGAACAUUCUCUUGAUCAUCUCCUUGUACCGGUCUCCACAGCUCAACAAGCCAUGCACUAAACUUCUCUACAGUCUGGCCAUAUCAGAUGUUCUGGUUGGCAUGGUGAUAGAACCAGCGUAUUUGACCAAGAAGAUAGCAGAGCUACAACACUCGUUUGGGAUGUAUUGUCGUUCUGGGAUGAUAACUUACGUAGCAGGCGGCGCCCUUGCAACUAUUACUUUCUUUAACGUUUCUGCCAUAGCAGUUGACAGGUACUUAGUGGUCCAUUCAGGGACCAAAUAUAAAACAAUAGUCACUAAUACGAGGGUGACAUGGGUAAUCAUAGCAAUAUGGGCCUCGUCAUUUGUCCUCCACGCCAAUCAAUUCAUAUUUCCAAGAUACCUAUAUUUCAAUAUAUCAGCAGUCGUUUCCAUCUUUGGCGUAGCAAUGGUAUCCAUAAUGUAUAUCAAGUGUGUAAUAACGUUAAGAAAGCAAAAGAUAAGAAUAGAUACUUUGUUUAGAAAUUCAUCUCGCCAGAGAGUAAUCAACGUAGAAAGGUACAAGAGAUCUACUUGCACCAUGGUGUACGUCUUCCUCAUCUUGAACCUCUGUUAUCUACCUUUCCUCUGUACCGCAGUGUCUGCUGGGAUACUAGGGGAGUCGGCGGCUAUGUGGGGUGCAGAGAGCUUGUCUGUCGUCCUUAUUUACGCCAACUCCUUUUUGAAUCCGAUAAUGUUGUUCUGGAGGAUGAAGGAGAUUGGACAUGCGGUUGCCUUGACGAUAACAACAGCAUACCUCGCGCGGAGUGAGCCUAUUCGUAAGCGGAGUCGCUGCCCAUCGCAGAAUAUCAAUCACAAUAAUGAGCUAGUGGUUGAAAACUUGUAG